CCUCACAGCCCCUCAGGAGGCUCCUGGCCCUGCCAGCCCCUGGGCUCUGCAGCAAGCUGGCAGUGAGCUCAGCAAGGAUGGAGACCUGAACCUGGGCAUGAGGAUCCUGGGCAAGAAGAGAACCAAGACCUGGCACAAGGGGACCCUCAUUGCCAUCCAGACCGUGGGGGCUGCCAGGAAGUACAAGGUGAAGUUUGACAACAAGGGGAAGAGUUUGCUGUCUGGCAACCACAUUGCCUACGACUACCACCCCCUGCCCGACAGGCACCACGUGGGCAGCAGGGUGGUGGCCAAGUACAAGACAGGGAACCAGGUGUGGCUCUAUGCUGGCAUCGUGGCUGAGACCCCCAACGUCAAGAACAAGGACAGGUUCCUGAUCUUCUUCGACGAUGGCUACGCCUCCUACGUGAAGGAGUGGGAGCUGUACCCUGUCUGCAGGCCCUUGAAGAAGGCCUGGGAGGACAUCGAGGACGUCUCCUGCCGCGACUUCAUCGAGGAGUACAUCACAGCCUACCCCAACAGGCCCAUGGUGCUGCUCAAGGCUGGGCAGCUGAUCAAGACUGAGUGGGAAGGCACCUGGUGGAAGUCCAGGGUGGAAGAAGUGGAUGGCAGCCUGGUCAAGAUCCUCUUCAUGGUAGGAGAAUUGCCUCCCCCCCCUACUCUGAAUGCCCAAAGCAUUUCACAGCUGAAGUGCAGCUUGGUUGCUGCUGGCAGCAAGGAGUGGAUCGCUGCCUCCCCCCUGCAGGACGACAAACGCUGCGAGUGGAUCUACCGCGGCUCCACGCGCCUGGAGCCCAUGUUCAGCAUGAAGACCUCCACGGCCUCCACCCAGGAGAAGAAGCAGAGUGGGCAGGCCAGGACCCGGCCCAACGUCGGUGCUGUCAGGAGCAAAGGGCCUGUGGUGCAGUACACUCAGGACCUGACUGGAGCUGGGACCCAGUACAAACCCUCAGAGCAGCUGCAGCCCCCCCAGGCUGCCCAGGACCCUCCUCCCCAGCCUGCAGAGAUGGAGUGCUCUGAGAGCCAGCUAGCCCAGGCCAGGAAGCAGGUGGCCAAGAAGAGCACCUCCUUCCGCCCCGGCUCGGGCUGCUCCGGGCAGUCCUCGCCCUCGCCGCCGGUGCCCAGCGACCCUCUGCCCCCGGCCAGGGCCGGCCUGGGCCAGCAGCAGCAGCGCCUCCCCCUGAGCUGCGCCGCCCCUCCUCCCCCUCCUCCCUUCCAGGGCAUGCUGGACAGGGUGCCCACGGAGCCCUCCUACCGCGCCCCGCUGGAGAAGCUCUUCUACCUGCCGCACGUCUGCAGCUACAGCUGCCUGGCGCGGGUGCGGCCGCCGCGGGCGCAGCAGUACCGCAGCCGCAACCCCCUGCUGAUCCCCCUGCUCUACGACUUCCGCCGCAUGACGGCGCGGCGCCGCCUCAACCGCAAGCUGGGCUUCCACGUCCUCUACAAGACCCCCUGCGGGCUGUGCCUGCGCAGCAUGCCGGAGAUCGAGCGCUACCUCUUCGAGACCGACUGUGACUUCCUCUUCCUGGAGAUGUUCUGCCUGGACCCCUACGUGCUGGUGGACCGCAAGUUCCAGCCCUACAAACCCUUCUACUACAUCGCCGACAUCACCAAGGGCCGGGAGGACGUGCCCCUCUCCUGCGUCAACGAGAUCGACGGCACCCCGCCCCCCCAGGUGGCCUACAGCAAGGAGAGGAUCCCCGGCAAGGGAGUCUACAUCAACACCAGCUGGGAGUUCCUGGUGGGCUGCGACUGCAAGGACGGCUGCAGGGACAAGUCCAAGUGUGCCUGCCACCAGCUGACAGUGCAGGCCAGUGGCUGCACCCCGGGGGGGCAAAUCAACCCCAACUCAGGAUACCAGCACAAGAGGCUGGAGGAGUGCCUGCCCACAGGGGUGUACGAAUGCAACCAGCGGUGCAAGUGCAACAGCCAGAUGUGCACCAACCGGCUGGUGCAGCACGGCCUGCAGGUGCGGCUGCAGCUCUUCAAGACGCAGAACAAGGGCUGGGGGAUUCGCUGCCUCGACGACAUCGCCAAGGGCUCCUUCGUCUGCAUCUACGCAGGGAAGAUCCUGACCGAUGACUUCGCCGACAAGGAGGGGCUGGAGAUGGGCGACGAGUACUUCGCCAACCUGGACCACAUCGAGAGCGUGGAGAACUUCAAGGAGGGCUACGAGAGCGAGGCCAAAUCCUCCUCGGACAGCAGCGGCGUGGACCUGAAGGACGAGGAGGAGGAGAACACCGGCACCGAGGAGCAGGAGGAGUCCAACGAGGACAGCUCCGACGACAACUUCGGCAAGGACGAGGACUUCAGCGCCGGCUCGGUGUGGCGCAGCUACGCCACCCGCCGGCAGACGCGGGGCCAGCGGGAGAACGGCCUCCCGGAGGCGGCCCCCCGCGACCCCGCCCCGCAGCAGCCCCCGCCCGCCGCCCCCUGCAAGCCGCCGGCCUCGGAGGAGACCUCCAAGAGCAAAGUCGCCUCCUGGCUCAGCUCCAGCAGCCUGGCCGACGGCUGCCAGCAGCAGGAGGCUGCUGCCUCCUCCUCCUCCUCCUCCUCCUCCUCCUCCGCGGGGCCCGGCGAAGGCGGCGAGGCCAAAGCCCCCAAGGCGGAGCCACAGGGAGAGAGGGAGAAGAGCUCUGCCCCUGCCCUGCCUGAGCAAGGGGGGGAGGCCAAGGGGGUGAGGAAAGAGGAGCCUGAGGACGCAGCCAAAAUCCCUGGGCUGAGCGAGCUGGGCAGGAUGUAUGGCUACAACCCCUCCCCCCCCAAGCUGGAGGGGGUCCAGAGGCCGCUGAGCAAGACAGCCCUGCUGCAGAGCCGGCGCCACUCCCUGCCCCUGCCCCCCAGCUCCGAGGACAUCCUGACCCUGUCCAGCAGCACAGACAGCGAGGGGGAGAACGGGCAGGGGGCAGCAGGGCAGCCCCAGGGCGCCGCCAACGACAGCGACGACAUCCAGACCAUCUCCUCCGGCUCGGAGGGGGAGGCAGAGGAGAAGAAGAACCUUGCAGCUGGCUCAGGGGGCGCCAAGAGGCAGGUGGCCGUGAAGUCGACGCGGGGCCUGGCGCUGAAGUCCACGCACGGGCUGGCGCUGCGGGCCGGGGCGCCGCCGGGCGCCGAGCCGCCGCGCAGGACCACCCGGCAGUUCUACGACGGCGAGGAGUCCUGCUACAUCAUCGACGCCAAGCUGGAGGGCAACCUGGGCAGAUACCUCAAC